AGGUUCGCCCAUGUGGAUGUUGCGAACUGUCAACAUUGCGUUGCUAUCAGUCCUGAAAAAGGAGACCAACCCAAUAACUCUUCUUUCUCGUCAUUUUUGGAAGCUACACUAAUCAAGAUGAAGGUUGUCGGAUCUACCUGUGCCCUGAAGAGCAAAGGCGAGGACGUGGUGCGCUGCCUGUCCGAUCAGAGCCUGACCAUCUCCAAGUGCAAGAUCCCGCUGCUGGACGAGCAGAUGAGCGUAUUCCUCCAGGACAUGAACAGCUGCUACAGCAAACUGAAGGAGCUCGUGCCCACUCUGCCGACAAACAAGAAGGCUAGCAAAGUGGAGAUCUUGCAGCACGUCAUUGACUACAUCUGGGACCUGCAGGUCGAGCUGGACGAGCCGGAGAAGAGCCGCCAGCACACCGUCAGCAGCGUGCCCCGCACGCCGCUUACCACCCUGAACGCAGAGCUCGCCAGCAUCUCAGUGGAGCAGAACGGAUGCUCAGAUGACAGGAUCAUGUGUCGUUAAGAGCUCUUGGAGCAUCGCCCCAUCACAUCACAUCAACCACAGCGAGGGGAUGAACAAGGCUACUUGAUGUGACUUCUCGAACCGCAUCAAGAAUUACAACCUUGGAACUGUGUAGGGACGUUUCGUACUCCCAGUGUUAGAUAACAAGUUGUGUGGACAUUCUGCGGCGACGAGCCUCUCUUUUGUCGCUUAACGGUUCUCGAUUUAUAAGAGGGUCACGGGACGAGAGGAAGAUGAACAGAGAGUGUCCAGAUAUAGACUGGGUUAGCCAGGGGACCAAGAGAAGUUCAGCGCAACCGGCAUCGCCCGUUGCUUGCAGAGUUUCUAAAGAAAGCUAACGUUUCUGUUACUGCUCUUUGUAUUUUGUGUAAACCAUGUAGAGGAUUCAACAUUUUUUGUAAAAGAUUUAAAAAGAAAAAAAAGUUAAUUUCUCAGAUUCCUGAGCGACAAACUGUAUUGUAUAUUACAAUGCCACAAUAUGUGAAGAUAUUGUUUUCUUACAAUGUACAUUAUUUGGUGUUUUUAUUAAAACAAGAUCAUUAUUUUUGAACAAGA